AUGCACUUCUCAACCCUCCUCAUCCCCCUCCUAGCGGGAGCAGCAACAGCGCAAAACCCCAGCUGCUCCCCAACCUCCUCGGACACCCAAGUCCUCCAAUUCGCCUCAGGUCUCUCCUCCUUCAUCGGUGGCUUCUUCAACUCCACCGUAAACAGCGCCUUCCCCAACUCCAGCAACGCCACCAUGCAAGCCCAGAAGCGGAUCAUCAUGGGCGUCGAGCGCGACAACACCCUCGGCAGCCAAGCAAUCGACAAAGUCGGCGCCAUGGCCCCGGGCUUCACAGCCCCAUCCUGCUCUUUCACCUACCCAAUGCCCAACAGCACCCAGGCCUGGGCCUUCUGGGCCGCCCGCCUCGAGACAACCGUCACGGGCGCCUUCGUCGCUCUGGCCGGGUUCACUCAGUCACCUGAGGUGUCGUUCUUGAUGGCUCGCUUGGCGGCUUCGCACAGCUCUCAUGCGACUCUCAUUGGAAGUCGCGUGAACUCGACUCUGUUUGCGCAGAACGCUACUUCGCUCGUGGCCGCUUUCCCGCCGGACCAGGUUCUGUCGACCCGUAAUGAGACUGGGAGUCUGGGCAUGUUCUUUGGUGGUUGCUUGACUGCUCCUCAGAGUCCUUGUGGACCUUUGGCUAUUGGGCCUUUGGCUGCUACGCCUUCUUCUGGUGCUGCCAGUAGCACCCCUAUGAGCAGCACUCCUAUGAGUAGCACUCCUGUCGCCAGUAGCACUGCUGCUGCUAUUCGGAAGCACUAA